AUGCCUACGUUGCCGCCGUUGAUCGAAGGUGUCCUGCCACCUUCGCGCGAGAACUGGGAAUUGAUCGUCUGGGCAUGGCAGUUCUUCCCAAUUAUCACCGCCUUCCAAUGGGUGAGCGACUACUUCCCCAAAGGCAAGACAUCUGUCGACUCCAAAUUCAACGUUCCAGGCAAAUGGGCGUGGUUCAUCAUGGAAAGUCCCGGCUUCCUUGUGCUCAACUACUGCAUGCUCGCAAUUCCGCCAGCGGAGGGUCUCCGAGGUGUACCAUGGGCUAACUGGACGAUGGCUGGCAUUUACACAAUCCAUUACAUCUACCGCGCUGUGCUCUCGCCGCUGUUCCUCAAUCCAUCCAUGUCACCAAUCCAUCCAAUAGUUCUCGUCUCGGCAUUUGCAUGGCAAGUCAUGAAUGGUCUAUCUCUCGGCGGCUGGCUGGGAGGCUACGGACCACAAACGAUCUAUGACUGGGCUGGCAAGCUCUACAUGAUCGAACUGGGCCUGGUCGUCUGGGGCUGGAGCUUUUUGGGCAACCUCUUUCACGAUGACGAUCUCCGCGAGAUCAGAAGGUCCGCUAAGCGCCGCCAGGAGGAGCAGGCCAGGAAGGACGGCAAGCCGGUCGCUGGCAUUGAGAAGCUUUACAUGAUUCCCAAGAAUGGCCUCUUCCACUUCAUCCUGUACCCACAUUAUCUUUGCGAAUGGUUCGAAUGGCUUGGUUUCUGGAUGAUAGGAGGUUGGGACUGCAUCCCUGCAAGAACCUUCCUGAUCAACGAGAUUGCGACCAUGCUGCCACAAGCACUGGCAGGAAAGCGGUGGUACUUGGAGAAGUUUGGGAAGGAACGAGUCGGAAACCGAAAGGCUAUCAUUCCUGGACUUUUGUGA